AGAUUUCUUCGUGUCGAAUAUUCACGUCGUCAGAAAGUAUCGUGAAUCCUUUACCAUCGCAUCAAUCGUUUGGGAAAGAAAUAUAAUUUAAAAUGGCUUCUGGAAUGCCUGAAUUAGGCUCAAAAAUCAGCUUAAUAUCGAAAGCAGAUAUCCGUUAUGAAGGAAGAUUGUUUACUGUUGAUCCACAAGAAUGUACAAUUGCUCUUGCUAAUGUACGUUCCUUCGGGACAGAAGAACGAGAGACACAGUUUCCGGUAGCUCCUCAAAACCAAAUAUAUGAAUAUAUUCUCUUCAGAGGAACGGAUAUUAAAGAUAUUCGGGUAGUUAAUAAUGUUAACACUAUGCCAAAUGAUCCUGCCAUUGUUCAGAUGACUGUGCAACCACCAAUGAAUCAACAGUCUUAUGCGCCACAACCUGGAUAUGGUCAUCCAAUGAUGAAUCAAGUAGGCCCAAUGGGUGGACAAUAUGGACCUCAUUACAGUAUGCCGAUGAGUUCUAUGGGUCCAGUUAUGGGAAUGCAACCAGCAAGGGAUCCACGUGGACCAAUGACUAAACCCCCAAGUGAGUUGCCUUCGGGACCCGUCGAAACCAACGUCAUCAAUAUCCCAAAUUCACUACCGACGGCCAACGUCAAGCCGUUAACAAAAGAUCAAUCUCUGGAAGAUGGUGUAUUAGAUUUAAUUAGUGGCGGAUCACGUUCUACAACUCCCACAUCUUUAUUAUUAACGAGAAAAAGUCCGACAAUUGAUCAAGGGAUUCAAGUUGGUCAGCAACAAAAGCAACAAUCUAUCGGAAAAGCUUCAGAAAAAUCAAAUAAUCGCGCUGUUCAACCUCCACAUCGUGAACGUGACAAUCAAAAUCGGGUCCGGUCUGGUAGUGGAAUGUCACAUUACAGUGAUAGUAAACGUGAUGGAGGAAAUCAUGAAAAUCAAGGGCAUAAUCAGCGACAUCCUCGUGGAAUGCAAGGAUCUCGUGGAAAUCGUGGAUGGAUUCCACGUGGAAAUGUUGUUCGAGGAAGAGGGCGAGGACGUGGUAUUUUUUCUCAUCAACCGGGAAAUACCGGAGGCAAGCCUAAGAACACUUUGAAAUUUGACAAUGAUUAUGAUUUUGAACAAGCUAAUACUGAAUUUGAAGAAUUGAGAUCUCGAUUGGCAAAAACAAAACUCGAAUCUGGAACUGAUAAUGAAAAAAAAGAUGACAGUGGAAAUGAAACAGGUGCUGGUGAAGGUGAACAAGAAGAAGAGCCUGAGAUCAUUCAUUAUGAUAAAACAAAGUCUUUCUUUGACAAUAUAAGUUGUGAAGCUGUUGAAAGAAGUAAAGGAAGAUCUCAACGUACAGAUUGGCGGACAGAACGUAAAUUGAAUUCUGAAACAUUUGGAGUAGCAUCUACAAGACGAGGUGGUUUUCGUGUACGAGGUUACUAUAAUCGAAUGGGUGGAUAUCGAGGAAAUAAUGUAGGUUCUGCUCAAAUGAGUAGCUCCAAUUCCGGAUCUGGAUAUCGCGGUAAUUAUCGAGGAAAUCGUGGAAAUAAUUCAAAUAAUCGUAAACGUGGACAAAACCAAAGUGGAACCACAGGACAAAAUGGUCCAAUAAACGAACAAAAUACUAACCAAUCUCAACAAAAUCGUUUAGUUUCUGGCACUGCGUAAAAACUUUUUUCGUUUUAUCUCAUUCAAUGGAAAAACAAUAGUAAUAAUAAGAAAAUUGAUUAUUUAACGAAUUUUUCUAUUUACUGAGUAAUCUAACAACGCGAUACUUUGUAAGUAUUUAUUAAGCUUAAGGUUUUUACGAUAUGUGGUGCCAGAAAUGAAGAAAUCUAAAAGAAAUUUCCAUAAAAAAAAAAAAAGAAAAUUCAUUUAAAUGCAGUAGUAUAAUACUGUACAAAGUGAAGGGUUAGUUUUCAAUGAUUGUAAUAGAUGAUAGAAUUCAUAAUUAAUCAUAUAAAUUAAUAAGAAAACUGCAGUUGAAGUGUCAGAAGAAUAUGCUUUGUCCAUUUUUUCAUAUAAUUAAUUUUAUUUUAUUUACAUUUUUCUUUUUUUCUCUUUUUAUUUCAUAAUUAUUAUAACAUUAUAAUGCAUAAUAAAUGCGAUGAUAAACAUGAAAACAAAAAAAAAUUUUUUUUAGAAAAAAUAAUGAGAUAUAGAUGUAAAAUUGAUGUUUUUUUCGUUAAAUUAUGGAAAUUAAAUGUAAACAUAAUAAUCGAUCACAAGUAAUAAGAUAAGAUAUAUAUAUAUAUACAAGUCGGUUUUCUUCAGUAUAUAUGUGACGUGAAAUUAAAAAAAAUACAAAAUGUAAGAAUUUUAGUAGAAAGAUAUUUUUUGGUUAUGUUAAAAGGUAUAUAACGGUAUCGACGGAAAUUAAUUUUAUUGUUUAAAGUUACAAAAAUGAGUCUGAAAGCUCAUGUUUAUAUACACGAUAAUCAUAAUUUUAAUGUAGUUAUGAGCAAAAAAAAAUGAUAUUUAAACAAGUGAAUACAUUUAGAAUAAAUAUGCGCUUAAAAGAUAAAUAAUGAGCGUUUGUAAGUGAACUUAAUUAAAUUCAAAUAACAAUUUGAUUGCUCUCGUAAAGAUUGCGUGUUAGUACGCAAUAAAACGUUGACUGCACUAAACCGAACUUUGGUAAUUUUUUGUUUUCUCAUUAUCAAAUUAUAAGUAGUAUUAAUUAAUAUUAUACUUUAUACGUUACAUAUAUGUAUGAAAUGUAAUAAUGGAAGUGUAAAAUAACAAAGAACAUUCAAAUUAUAGAGAUGUAUUAAAAAUAAUAUGAUGAAUUUUUUCGACCGUUUGAUGUGAAAAAUAAAUAAUUAAUUUAAAAAAUCAUUGCCGGAACGAUGAAGUGAAGAAAUUAAAAAAUAUAACGAUAUAUGAAUCACUUUUCCAUGUCGAUUAUUGAAUUGACUGUACGAUAAAUAAAGUUCAUAUAAAUUAUAAUAAAAA